CAACGUCGCCAUGUCACUUCCCAUCGUGUUACUGUGGGUGCAGGUGCGCUCGUCACCCGCGUACCAGGACUCCAAGUCGAUCAGCCAGGUUGUCCGUCAACUCGCUCUACUCUUCCAUGCCCCUGUGACCAUCAGGUACAAGAUUGCGCAAGUCAAGUCCACGCCGAUCGAUGACACCGUCUACCUCAACGCGGCCUUCUGGUUCCACCUCAGGAUCGUCUACAUCCACCCAGAUGCUGUCUGCGUCUGUGUAUCCUUCGACCGUUGGCAGUGGUGCCAGCGGCUCGCACCACUGUUCGAACAAACAGCCGCGAGGCGCGGCAGUGCGCACCAGCACAAUCAUACCUUCCAGGCAUUCCCAUGAUGUCCCAGCAGCAGCAGCAGCAACAGUAACGCAUGGGCCCUUACGACUCUCGUCAAAUGCGAUGCGAUUCCGAAUCUGUGUUAUUCUGCUAGUACUAGAAGCUCGCUUUCUCUUGCAGACAUUCCUCGAGAAUGGAAGCUAUCUUCUCUGCCGCAUCGAAUAGAUCUGCU